GACCUUGACAUCCCACGCACUCAAGACUCAUCUCCUCUCAAAUAAAACCCAUACCAGCCAUGCCCCUCUGUCACGGCCACACCUCCUUCCCGACUGAGUACCCAGUGGCGCUCCAAGUGUCAUUUUACGAGAACUGAAGUCAUGCUGCCUGCCAAACACUUCCGGUGAACCUGGAAAAACACUGGACAUCCUUUCGGUGUUAUUGCUCUUCACAGAUCAUUGGGCUUUUUUCUUAUCUGGGUUGGUGUCCAUUGAGAAGAUGGGUGAAGAUGAGCAGCCGGUGAAGUCGGCCAAGCAAUUGGAAAAGGAGGCCAAGAAAGCGGCCGAGAAGGCGGCCAAAUUGGAAAAACUCCGCUUGAAGCAAGUCAAACAAGCGGCGGGUGAAGGACCCGCACCCGUGGCUAAGGCCCAGGCUGGACCCGCAGGAUCCGCAGGUCAGAGGGACAAGCCGGAGAAGAAGAAGAAGAAGCCGGCCUUGCGGGCGGCCAAAUAUGAAGGUCACACGCCACCGGGACAAAAGAAGGAUGUCUCCAUGCCUUUGCCGGAUGCUUAUAGUCCUGAAUACGUGGAAGCCGCAUGGUAUGAUUGGUGGGAGAAAUCGGGUUUCUUCAAGCCGGAAUUCGGUCGCAAGAGCGUCAAGGAUGUCCCCAAGCAGGGCGUGUUUUCCAUGGUCAUCCCGCCCCCUAAUGUCACCGGUCGACUGCAUCUUGGACACGCCCUCACGGACGCUGUGGAGGAUUGCUUGACCCGAUGGCAUCGCAUGAAAGGCAAAAUGACCUUGUGGAACCCUGGUUGCGAUCACGCCGGCAUUGCCACCCAAAUGGUGGUCGAAAAGAUGCUCAUGAAAACCGAAGGCAAAUCGCGACACGAUCUGGGCCGAGAUAAGUUUGUCCAAAAGGUGUGGGAGUGGAAGGAGCAAUAUGGGGCUUCCAUUUACGAGCAAAUGCGUCGUUUUGGCUGUUCGGUUGAUUGGGAGCGAGCCGUUUUCACGAUGGACCCCAAGAUGAGCAAGGCUGUGACGGAGGCCUUUGUGCGGUUCCACGAGGAUGGGUCCAUUUAUCGGGCCAAUCGAUUGGUCAAUUGGUCGUGUACACUUCGAAGUGCCAUCUCUGAUAUCGAAGUCGAAAAGAAGGAGCUUCCGGGUCGAACCAUGCUCUCGGUGCCGGGAUAUCCGAAUAAAAUUGAGUUUGGCGUGAUUGUGUCCUUUGCCUACAAGUUUGUGGACUCCGACGAUGAGAUCGUGGUGGCCACCACUCGUUUGGAGACCAUGUUGGGCGACUCAGCCGUGGCUGUUCACCCUCAAGAUUCCAGGUACAAGAAGUUCCAUGGGAAGAAGGUUCAGCAUCCGUUCUGCGAUCGCCAAUUGCCCAUUGUCACUGACGAGAUGGUGGAGCGGGAUUUCGGCACGGGUGCGGUCAAGAUCACGCCCGCUCACGAUGCCAAUGACUACGAAGUGGGACAAAGGCAUAAAUUGCCGUUCAUUACCAUCUUCACGGACGAGGGCAUCGUUUCCGAAGGCUGCGGCGAGUUUUCGGGCAUGAAGCGUUUCGAUGCUCGAUUGGCCGUUCAGGAGGCAUUGGACAAGAAAGGCCUGUAUCGAGGGACCAAGGAUAAUCCCAUGGUGGUGCCCACGUGUAGUCGCUCCAAGGACAUUGUCGAGCCCUUGAUCAAGCCUCAAUGGUACGUCAAAUGCGACGAAAUGGCCCAAAAGGCCACGGAAGCCGUUAAGACCAAAGAGCUCAAGAUCAUUCCGGAGCAGUUCGAGAAGACCUGGUUUUCUUGGAUGGAUGGCAUGCGAGAUUGGUGCAUUUCGCGUCAACUUUGGUGGGGACACCGCGUACCCGCUUAUCUAGUUCAUGUCAAGGGCCAACCUCCGGCUGAUCCUACCGUGAACGAAAAUUGGGUAUCCGCCCGCGAUGAGACCGAGGCAAAAGCCAAGGCUGCCAAGAACUUCAAAGUGGACAGUUCCAAGAUCACGCUGAAGCAGGACGACGACGUCUUAGACACGUGGUUUUCCUCGGGCUUAUUUCCGUUCGCUAUCUUCGGGUGGCCGGAUCAAACGGACGACUUGGACGUGUUCUUCCCGGGAUCACUUCUAGAGACCGGACACGAUAUCAUCUUCUUCUGGGUGGCCCGAAUGGUUUUCAUGGCUCAGAAAUUGACCGGCAAACUACCGUUUAAAGAGGUUUAUCUUCAUGCCAUGGUUCGUGAUGCCCAUGGACGAAAAAUGAGCAAAUCCUUGGGCAACGUUAUCGAUCCUCUUGACGUCAUCAACGGAAUCACUCUCGAAGAGCUCUACAAAACCCUCGAAACUGGCAACUUGGACGCUAAAGAGAUUGAGAAGGCCAAAAAGGGACAAAAGGCCGACUACCCCGAUGGCAUUCCGCAAUGCGGUACGGAUGCCUUGCGGUUUGCUCUAUGCUCAUAUACCGCCCAAGGUCGUGAUAUUAAUAUGGACGUGCUCCGAGUUCAGGGCUAUCGGUUCUUCUGCAACAAAUUGUGGAAUGCCACCAAAUUCGCCAUGAUGUAUUUAGGUGCAGGAUUCGUACCCUUGAAGGACGCCAUCAAAACUUUGCUCCCACAGAAAACGGGCAGCAAAGAAGGGUUCACGCACAAAGCGCUUCCCCCUUUGGCCGACAUGAAUAGUGAAGCCACAUUCUCCCAAAUGGAUUCCGUUCUCCGGGAUUUCCCCUUCUUAGCGGGCACCAACCCGUCCAAGGUGGACGUGACCGCCUUCGCCGCCAUCAAGGAGAGUCCCUCCUAUUGGAAGUACAAGGAUGCCUCUGGCUGGUAUCAUCGCAUGAACGCCAUGACCGAGGCCGAACGCAACCAAUUACCCGGAGCCAAAGGUAUGAUCUCCCCCUUACCCGCGGGUCUGACUCAAAUGGACCGCUGGAUUUUGUCACGCCUCCACGCGGCCACUAAAUCCACCAAUGAAGGCUUUAAGCUUUACAACUUCCCUCAAAGCACCACGGCCCUCUACAAUUUCUGGCUCUACGAGCUCUGCGACGUGUAUCUGGAGUAUUUGAAACCCAUUUUCCAAGGCACGGACACGCGGGCCAUUCUGACCGCCCGGAACGUUCUUUACACCUGUCUUGACGGGGGUUUGCGCCUCAUUUCGCCGUUCAUGCCAUUUAUCUCGGAGGAGCUGUUCCAAAGGCUGCCCCGAAAGAGCAAUGAUGACCCAGAGUCCAUCACCGUGAUGAAAUACCCCGAAACUUCGGAAAUGAACUUCCAUAACGCCCAAGUGGAAUCCCAGGUCGAAUUCGUUCAGAAAAUUGUGGGCGUGAUUCGAUCAACGCGCUCGGAUUAUAAUCUCCCCAACAAGAUCAAGACAAGCGUGUUCCUGAAGAUCUUUGAUUCCAGUUUGGCCAAGGAUUUGGCGGGUUAUGAGGAUGUGAUAGGCAGCUUGGCCUCUUCCAAUGUCGUGAUUGCUCAGGAUCCACCCAACAAAGGGUGUGCCAUCGUGACUGUGUCGGAUAAGUGCUCGGCCCACUUAGUCCUCGAGGGAUUUAUUGAGCCCGAGAAAGAGGUGGAGAAACAGAACAAGAAGAAGGCCUUGUUAGAAACCCAAGUGGAGAAGCUUGAAAAGGCCAUGAAGGUCAAGGACUACGUGGAGAAGGUUCCAGAGGGCGUGCGACUGAAAGAAAAAGAAAAGCUGGAGCAAAACAAGACGGAAAUUCUGAGACUGGCAGAUGCCAUCAAAUCGCUCACAGCUAUGAUAAAAUAACACAAACGCACACUCUGUUGAACCGAAGAUAAACCAAACAAAGCUUG